GAUCACGCCGUAAUAGCUCUAGAUCUGCUUGAUCUUCUUUAGCGAUUCUUAUAUAGUUUUCGGACGAAAAUGAUAGAAUUGAUUUUAGGUUGAUGCUCGUCGUCUUUGCGCCCUUCCUCGCUAUUCUCCGACUUUGCGCGAUCAAGGCGUUGGCUUGAAGGCUCGAGGGCCUUUCGUCUAUCCUUGCCCCGCCUCCCAACUGCUUCUGUAUACCGACUGCAACCGUGGAGAUGUUCCGCCUACGGAGAUACCGUUACUAUGUCUUCUUUGCUGCCAUUAUCGUAUUCUUGCUAUACCGUGUUUCCCAGAAUAGCGAUCAGUGGGAGUCGGUCUCGGCGUCUAUUCCCUAUAAAGCUCCGCCGGCCAAGUCGUCCCCCGAACAAGGCUUCGGCACAACCAACAAGCAAUCUCAGCAACCUCUCCCUGGUAAGAGCGGGACCAGAUUGUCGGAUGGUGAUAGUGACUCAACACGUCAAGGACGGGAGAAGACGGGCGAGGAUACCAACGAGGUUAAGAUCCCUAGCUUAAAACCCACCAUCAGCGAAGAUGUUCUCAGCAAAUUCGAUCCUUCUACGGAGACCGCGACGACGGAUGCCGGCAGGACCAAAGUAGUCGUAUAUGAUAAAGAUGGUGCUGCGAAGACCACUACCGUCCCGUUGAUCGAUAUACCAGAUAAGAACGUUGGUCAAGGUGCCAAGGGUAAAGGCGUCCACGGAAAACCGGGCACGCAUAAAUCCAAACCGGAGGGCGAACCAACUAAGCACUGGAAGAAGUUCCCUGAGCAUUUCCCCGUCCCCGAAGACGAAAUAAUCCCUCUACCAACCGGGAAGCCCAAGCCUAUCCCCGCGGUCCAAUACGAUUUCGAUACGGAGUUGCCCCAAGUUCGGGAGAAGCGUCUAGAGCGUCUCGCUAAGGUAAAGGCAGAGAUGGUGCGCGGCUGGAAUGGUUAUAUGACCUACGCUAAAGGGCAUGACGAAUUGAGUCCCGUAUCUAAGAAGUUUCGCGAUCCGUUCUGUGGCUGGGCCGCAACUUUGGUCGACGCGCUAGACACGUUAUGGAUUAUGGGCAUGAAGAAGGAGUUUGAAGAGGCUCUUCUCGAAGUCGAGAAGAUCGACUUUACCACAUCCGAACAUCGCUCCGAAAUUCCUGUUUUCGAAACAACCAUUCGAUAUCUUGGCGGGCUAAUCGCAGCGUACGAUGUCAGUGGCGGUAGAGCUGGAAGAUACGAUAUUCUUCUCGAGAAGGCGCUCGAGCUCGCCGAGAUCCUCAUGGGCGUCUUCGAUACGCCGAACCGCAUGCCUAUUCUGUAUUACAACUGGAAACCAUCAUCCGUGUCGCUUCCUAAGAGGGCCCAGGGAGCGAGCGUUGCUGAACUAGGCUCUCUCGCCAUGGAGUUUACUCGCCUGGCGCAGAUCACGAAGGAGAACAAGUACUAUGAUGCUGUAGCACGCAUCACAGAUGCCUUCUACGAAUGGCAGGAGCGAGGAACCGCAAUUCCUGGUAUCUUUCCAGAGCAUAUAGAUGCCAGCGGCUGUAAUAGAACCGCAGAAGCUAUAGUCGCCGCCCAGGAGGCCGAAGAGGAAGAGCAGCGGCAGAUUGCGCUCCAGAAGUCUAGCUCCGAUACUGCUAAGAGUAAGGCUGUCGAAGUGGACGGUAGCCAAAGCAAAUCCGGUAAGGGCGAGUUUCAUGCCUUAGAAAGCCGCUCUCAAGUGGGAACGCCUAACGACGAUGGUACCAAAUCAGUGAAGAUCGUAACAAAUGGCGAGGAGAUAUACGCGCCGUCGGAGAAGACAGCUUCUCCCAAAAGCGAUAGGGGAAAAAGUAGUACCGUAUCGCGGGGUCAUGUGAACGACUCGGAAGAGCCCAAGGAAAAGGGUAAAUGUAUUCCUCAGGGGCUCACUUCCGGGUCGUUCUAUUCCAACCAGCAAUACAGCAUGGGCGGAAGUCAAGACAGCACGUAUGAAUAUUUUCCCAAGCAGUGGUUGCUCCUUGGCGGUCUCGAGCCUAAGUACGAGACCUUGCAUACCAAGGUUGCCGCAGCCGUCAAGAAAUGGCUACUAUUCAGGCCCAUGGUUCCUGAUGAUCGUGACAUCCUAUUCUCUGCUAAGAUCAACACCCGAGGGAACCCAGAGACCGAUGCCUCAACCGAGUGGGAAGUCACCCAUCUCACCUGCUUCCUCGGAGGAAUGUUCGGUUUGGGCGGGAAGAUCUUCAAAGUGCCGGAAGACGUAGAGAUAGGAAAGAAGCUAACCGACGGCUGCGUAUGGGCUUACGAAAGUACACCGAGCGGUAUCAUGCCCGAAGGAUCCACCGUUGUCCCGUGUGCCGAGGCGAACAACUGCCAUUGGAACGAGACUCUCUACUGGCAAUGGUUGGACCCUCUUCACGAGACGCAUGACGAAGAGGUUAUAAAAUUUGAAAAGGAACAAAAAGAGCGAAAGGCCAAAAAGUUGCAGAAGACGGAAAAGGCGACGAUGAAGGGGCAUCCGAAUCUCGGUACGGUGGCUGAAGGGACGGAUGAAUCGGGGAGUGUUGGAAUUCAUAAGAGAGCACCCCCUCCACCAAUACGCGGUUCGGCGGAUGACACAAGUAGCGAAGGCUUUCAAACUCCUCUCCAGCCGGAAGAAGAUGACAGCGAAGUUCCAGAGCCAAUACGCCCGCUAUCCUCUAAGGAGUACGCAAAGAACCGUAUUGAAUCGGAUAACCUCCCACCUGGUUUUGUCAGUGCCAAUUACCACGCAUAUAUCCUCCGACCGGAAGCCAUCGAGUCCGUUUGGUACAUGUACCGCAUCACGGGCGACAGUUCCUGGCAGGAGAAGGGAUGGAAGAUGUUCAAUGCCAUUGUUGGCCAAACUCGGACAGAGGCUGGUAACAGUGCCAUCGAUAAUGUCUUGUUGGAGAAUCCCGUCAAAACAGACGAGAUGGAGAGUUUCUGGUUGGCUGAAACGCUGAAAUAUUUCUACCUGCUAUACUCAGAUCCCAACCUGAUCAGCUUAGAUGAGUGGGUGCUAAAUACGGAGGCGCAUCCUUUUAAGCGACCCGUUUGAACGGGUGCCUAGGCAAUAUACUCAAGAAAUCAUCGUCUUUUCUUUUUUUUUUUCACAUAGAAUACAAAACCACGGUAGGUCAGCGGUGAGAAGUCAAGUUUGGCUAGGUUUUGGUUAAAAGUUGAGCAUUCGUUUGCUGGAUACUCUAUUCUACGGGAGUCGUGGA